CGCCCCGGUAUCCGCCCAUAUUCGCGUUAAAGGAGGCCAACCUGAGCAGCUAGGCCGGACGCUGGAUCAAAUGGAAAGUUCAAUCGAUUAAUUUGCUCACUUUUGCGUGUUCCUGCUUGCUUUUGAAACAAGGUAGUCAGACUUAAAUGCGGGCGCUUCGGUGUGAAAUAGGAAAUGCAGAGAUCGUGUGAAACGGCAGGAUUAUCAGCUUGACUUAUUUGGUCGCUACUUCGGACGCGGAACUCCACACGCUAAAAGGUGAAUUAUGACAGAAUAUAAGCUGGUAGUGGUGGGAGCUGGUGGCGUUGGCAAGAGCGCACUCACCAUCCAGCUCAUCCAGAAUCAUUUUGUGGAUGAAUAUGACCCAACCAUUGAGGACUCCUACAGAAAGCAGGUGGUGAUCGACGGGGAGACAUGUCUGCUGGACAUACUGGACACUGCAGGUCAGGAGGAGUACAGCGCCAUGAGAGACCAGUACAUGAGGACAGGGGAGGGCUUCCUCUGUGUCUUUGCCAUCAACAACACCAAGUCCUUUGAGGACAUUCACCACUAUAGAGAACAGAUCAAGCGGGUGAAAGACUCUGAGGAUGUUCCCAUGGUGCUGGUAGGGAACAAGUGUGACCUCCCGUCCCGGACAGUGGACACCAAGCAGGCUCAGGACUUAGCACGCAGCUACGGCAUCCCCUUCAUUGAGACCUCAGCCAAAACCAGACAGGGCGUUGAUGAUGCCUUUUACACAUUAGUGCGAGAAAUCCGGAAACAUAAGGAGAAGAUGAGCAAGGAGGGCAAAAAGAAGAAAAAGAAGUCCAAGACAAAGUGUACACUCAUGUGAAUAAUCACCCCUUUUCAAGACAGACUAAAAAGAAACUAUGUUGAACAGUUUAAGUAAUACAUUUUGUACAUUACACUAAAUUAUUAGCCUCUUUCUCAAUACCCACCAUACUGAAUACUAAAAUGACCCAGAUUUUUUUUCUGCCUUUUUCUGUUAUUUGCUACUUGGAAAUCAAUAAGCUUUAUUUUCUGUUAGUGCCAGUUGCCCACCUGUGUUGGUCCAGCAGCUUGUUUGAUUUUAUAGGAUGAUGGUCUGUUGAUUUGGAGGACUUUAUCCAGCCCCUGUGCUGUGAGUUGAUGGUGUCACAACUCCUUUUGGACAAAUAUCUGUUAACAGCUUGUUUUUUUUUUCCUUUGCUGGAAGGCCAAGACCUGCAAAAGUUUUGUGAUGCCCUUUUAAGUAUGGGAUGCCAAAGAAUUCAUUUUCAUCCCAUUCACAGUUAGAUAGGAUGUAAGACGUGGACACAGGACCAACACGUAGCCGGAUGAGAUCCAAAUGUCCCAACCACUGUGUAAUGACCCCGUUUCUCUUGAGACUCUUAGGUAUAACUUAGUUAAUGUCAUUGGUAAAAGUAUGCAUGUGAACUCUUACUCUUACCCAAAAUGUUUUAACACCCUGAUUAGCUAUUAAUUAAUUUGCAAAUUGUCAAUGCUUUGUAUUGUGUAGGUAGUGAUUUUUUUUUUUCUCUUUUUGCCUACAUAACACUUUUUUUUUUUUGCAUGCAUUGUGUCCUUGAUGACCUGGGAAUUGCAAACAGUCACUGUAUGAAACAGUAAGAAAGAGACAGCAACAAGGAACUCUGACCCAAGUGGACAUUAUCCAGUCUUAGUUUUUUGGUUUUAUGUGAUGAUCAGUAUUUGUCAUUUCUGAGGAUGACAUGAGCAGGUUUUUUUUGUAGGAAAAAAUGACAAAUUAAACGAUCCAUGACCAUGAUGAUGCAUGGCAAGAAGAUAAGGUGUCUAGCAGAUCACUAAAACCCAGUUUCUCUCUUUUUUUCCUUUCUGCUAGUGACAUUAGAAUGAGAUCAGCAGCCAGGUAUGGUGCUGAUCAGGGUCAUUUUAUAUUGCAGGCCUUGUCACUAGCCAAUGUCUCACGGUUUGGUUAACCUUUCUAGUUAUCCAUUUCCUGCUUAUCUUUAUUUUAAUGCUGUUAUCCGGGGUUGUUUCAGUUCAUACUGACACUAUUCAUUGCAUUAUUGUUCACUGCAAAGCAGAAAGGUAGAGCUCCCUUAGAGUAUUUCAUAUUUUAUUCAAGCGAUAUGUGGCCCACUUGUCAUCCGCUUGUUUUACUUACCAUUUGGUUAAUGUUAAAUUUGAGAAAUCCUAGUUCUUCAAUAGCACGACACAGAGGUGUCCCAGAUUCUAACAGAAUAUGCCUUGCACAUUUUCCUACACUGUUGACUUGGUGUCCUGGCUGUCUGUGACUGGCUAGAUAGCACAAAACAUCUUUUCAGUGAAAGCUUUACUAUGAAAUUUCUUUUCAGCUACUAUCUCACCUUUUUAAAACUCCUUCCAGGGAUAUGUCCCUUAGUAUGCUGUCACGGAGGUUGUUCAAAAUGUUGUCCAAAUGGAUUUCCAGAUUCCUCCAUUUGUAGAGCUUUUGAAGAGGUUCCUUUUUUUCAUUCAUUUGCUAAAGUGUUGAAAUGAUUUGCUGGGCUGCCUUUCAACAGAAGUGAUUGCCCAGCAAAGUAAUUCUUCAUUUUCACUCACAAAGCUUGUGUGUUGGAGUGAUGUAACUGGAACUUAUGUUUGUAAAUGAGGCAAUAAUUGCCAUAAAAUUAGUUUUUAGAGAAAAUUGUCUGAAUUUGUUAAAUAAAAAAAUUACUGUUUUCUUUCCCGGGUCAACAUGUAUUUCACCCUUUUCCAUCUUAUUUACAAGCUGUUGCCCAGGGGCUUUUACAUUUUGCCUUUUAUGUUUGCAUUAGGUGCUACAGUUAGGCAGUAGAAAGACAAGUUGAGACAACACUGACUUUGUCAUGUCUGACUCAAGAAAUACACAAAAUGCUGUUUUAGAGGAGUAAUGUUAUGGACGCAGAAAACCCACAAGUAAUACAUUUUGUUUUCAGAUUAAUGAAUUUUGACCCCGUUUAUUAUUACCUCUGUGUUCAUGAAGUAGAUAAUAACUGUUAAUGCAAUUUUAAUUAUGGAACCCACUAGUUGACAGUACUGUUUCAAAAGCAGUUUUACCGAAACGUUUGAAAUGUUCCUCUUCCUUUAUUGCGUGCCAACAGCUGAUUUCUGAAAUGUAUCAUUUAUACCUGGAUCGUAUUUUAACAACCUUUGUAUAGUUGUGAUACUGAAAGGUGCAUAUUUUGUAAAUUGUGCUUCAUUUCGUUGGUGUGUCUAAAUGAAUGUUGCUUUAAUGGAGUUUCACUCCGCUCUGUGUAUGUGACUAGGGAGUGUGACUGGGUCCAGGUCUAGGGGAGUGAAUGAAUGACCACUUUACAACACACCUGUUGUGGGGAGUGUAGAGUGGUGAUCUGAUCUCAAAUGAGUCUAUUUUUUGCCAUGAAUCUCACCACUCCUAUUUAAUGUGUAAUAAAGAACAAAGUAAAGAGGAACUUA